AUGGCGCGCGCCUUCCAGAAGGACGAGCGCAUGCCGUGCGAGGAGCACGUUGUUGAGAUAAGAGGGCGGAAGGGGGAUGGCCCUGCCACGAACAUCUCGGAGAUGGUGAAGGUCAGCGAGCUCCGCUACACCAACUCUCUAGAUAGCGCCACGCAGUGGCGACAGAGCCUGCGCAGGCGACCGCUUUGCAGGUGCCUGUCGUCGGCGAUGACGAUGGUGUCCUUCAGCAUGGGCAUAUUGGUGAUCGGAUCGAUCCUUGGCAUCCGGGUGCUGUCGUGGGGCCUCAUCUCCUACGAGCUCCAGACCACCAGCGAGGAGGGCCAAAAGAGCCAGGUGGAGCAAAUGGCGAAGGAGGUCUUGGCCUUCUUUCAAGUCGGUUCUGGACUGGCUGAGGUAACGAGCCAGUUCUAUAACAUCUCCUUCGCGCGGGAGAGUGAUGCCGCCCCGCAUGAGUUUUUGAGCAGGUUUGGCACUCUCGAGUGGACAUCCUUGGUGCAGUCGGUCUUCACCCAGGACGUGAUGUUGGUCCAUGCACGCAACCCCACGCUGGUGAGCGCGUCGGGUGAUCCGAGCUGCAACACAGACGCCGUGCUCGUCGGCCAGCAGUACAUGUUCGACAUUAACCCGAACACCACUGGGCUCACGUGGGAGCAGGCUGAGGAGUUUAACAAUCAGAGCAAUCCUGGCUGCGACCCGAGCCAGGCCGGCUGUGGCUUGGCGGCGCCCGGUGCAAUCUUGGCUGGCAUCUGUGGUUAUGAGAAUCGUCCUGGCUGCGACCCGUCCGACCCUCUUCAGUUCGCUGCGGUCUACGGCAACGCUAGCUGCACCAGCCCAGGCUCUGGCGGCAAUGGCGAGGUCUUGUGGAUGCUCAACCAGCUACCAGGCUCGUUCGAGGGCGGAAGCAUUACCUCCACCUCUGGGCUGCUGGCGCCGCAGUGGCAGCGAAGGACCAUCGUGGACUUGAACUAUGGUUUGGUGCGCCAGUCGGUCAUGUUUGGACUGCCGGGCCCGCCGUGGGCCCCGCAGAGUGCUUGGGGCCGCGUGACCAUGCGGGUGGCAGGCGACGAGAACAUAUUUGGGACCACAAACUUGCAGAGCAUAUUGAGGCAGGUCUCUGCCUCCUCCCGCGACGCUUCCAUCAUUUUCGUCCUGACUGGGCGGGGGGAAUUGCUGGCCACCUCGCUCGAUGACCAAGAUGUCCGUGUCAUCGAGGGCGACACCGCGAGGUUGGUGAGGGGAGAUGAUGAGGGGCUCGUCAGCGACCUCAUCCAGCCAGUGGCCAAGGCCCUCAUCGAGCGCCACUGCACCUCUGACACCAGCGGGACGCUCGACUGCGACUGGGAGCAGGUCAGCGUUCUACAGUACAUUCGCAACUAUGCCGUCGCGGCCAAGCCGAUCAACGAUCCCAAAGCCGACGGCCUUGGGUUGCUGCUGGUGGACAUAGUCGACAGCGGGGCCAUCACUGGCCGUAUCGAGGAGAUCAACGUGACGCUCAUUCAGCUGGGGAUCCCGAUCAUCUUCGGGGCCAUCUUGCUGUUCGUCAUACUGUCGCGGCAGGUAACGGUGCCCCUCCGCAAGGCCCGAGACAACAUGUUCUUGUUGAGCGACAUGAAAAUCGAUGACGCCGUGGCGGCCUACAGCGAGGGCGGGCGCUGCAGCCGCCCGCUGUUCACAGAGGCGGGCGACCUGCAGCUCAGCUUCAUGCACGCGGCCACCGCCCUGAAGGCGUGGCGGCGGAGAGAGAUCGAGAGGCGCACGCUGCUGGAGGAGGAGCGCGCGCAGCGGAUCCAGCACACAGUCGAAAAGGCGGUGCAGGGCGCGGGCAAGCUGAUGCACCCUAUGGUCCUUAUCAGCGCAGAGGAGUUCAUGAAUAUGCAGAUGCUCGUCAGCUACGAGGUCCUGCGCAACAGUGGCAAGCUCGAGUUCCUCGACACCGAGGACGACCUUGUGAAGUUCAAGACUAACCACUCCGUCAUUUUCCUCUCCCAUCAGUGGCUGGGCUGGGGCUACCCGGACGACGAGCAGCAAACACAACUCAAGGCCAUGAAGAGCGCCGUGAAGACUGCCGCCCACCAGAUGCGCUCCUCUGGUGCGAGGGGUGCGUGGAAGAACAUGUACGUGUGGGUUGACUAUUGCUCGAUCGCCCAGGAGCACCGGGGGAUGCAGACGCUCGCCGUCUCCUCGCUUCCCGUGUACGCCUCCAGCGCUGACGUGUUCGUCAUCGUGGCACCCCCCGCGAAGCACGUGCAGUCGCACAACCAGGCGGAUCUGCAUUCGUACAACUCCCGCGGAUGGUGCCGCGCCGAGAUGUUGUCGAAGAUCUGCAGCAGCGGCCUCGAGAACUUCUUCGUCCUCUCCACCGAGGGGGGGGAGCUGCAGCGCGUCACCGAGGAGUGGCUCCCGUCCCUGUCGAUGUACGUCUUCGAGGGCGACUUCUCGUGCUGCCAGCAGGGGCACUGCCACGGCGCGUGCGACAAGGAGGCGCUGGUGGAGCCCGUGCUCGGCCUCUAUUCGCUGGUGCUGCGCCAGGUGAACGACGGCAGCGGCAGCGCGCGCCACAUGGAGCAGGUGUUGCGCCACAUCCGGCAGUCCAAGGAGCGCUUCUUCCCGAGGACCUACACCUACAGGGUCACCGCGCCAGAGGGCACCACGACCGAGGAGCGCGAGCUCUUCGGCCCGCUCGUGGAGGCGCUGGAGCAGCACAUGGACCGGGAGCACGGCCUGCGCCGCGCGGGCAGCACGGGCUCGCUGCGGAGCGCCCGCAGUGACGUGUUCUGGGUGUUCUGA